AUGUCCGGCGCGACCACAACGGGCAUAUUCUCAGGUCUAGCACUCUGGCUUGUUCCUUCCCCAGACUCUGCUUUUACAGCCGCGGUCAAGGAAGAAUCUUCUAAACUUCGAGCGGCAAACCCAAAAACUAGCUCUAAAGAGGUCGGUGUUCAUGCAACCCUCCUAGCUGGCUUAGGAGACAGAGAUAUCAGUGGAGACCGAUUGCGAGAUGUUACACAACAAGCUGUUGAGCAAUGGAGGAAAGAGAGAGAGGUGGAGGAGGGUUUUGGAUUUUGUGUUGGUUUCGAAGACGUGGUGACUAGGGGGAGUUAUUUUCAGUGCAUCUUAAUCGCCCUCCAAAAAGAUCCACAUCUACUCCGCCUGAACCAAAUAGCUCGAGGACUGGUCGAUAAACACUUCCAACCACCACCAAACGCAGCUAAACCAAGCGAAUAUUUCCCACACAUAUCUCUCCUCUACUCAUCAAUCUCUACCCAGGAAGCACAUGAUCAAAUCAACCAGAUGAAGAAGGAAGGCGUCUUCAAAGAUCUAGUCGAAAAAACACUUGGCCAAGAGGAACAAGGAAAGGGGAUAAGCUUCAGAAACUUUGGGGAGGUAGAGUUCGUCGCUGUUGAUGUGUACGAUUGUACUGCAAGACCUGAGGAAUGGGUCAAGUUGCAUAGUAUUCCGCUCUAA